CCGACUGAAACCGCUACGGGCCAGGAAGCAGCCAUGAAGUUUCGCGCCAAGAUCGUGGACCUGGCUUGUCUGAAUCACUUCACACGUGAGCUGGCAGGGCCGCGGGGAGCGAGCGGAGAGUGCGGCCGCAGCCCUGAGUCAGUAACAUGAUAGCCAAACUUGCCAAAACAUGCACCCUCCGCAUCAGCCCGGAGAAGCUGAACUUCAUCCUUUCGGACAAGCUGGCCAGUGGUGGGGUGAGCAUGUGGUGUGAGCUGGAGCAGGAGAACAUUUUUAGUGAGUUUCAAAUGGAAGGUGUCUCUGCAGAAAACAAUGCGAUUUAUUUAGAAUUAACAUCAGAAAACUUAUCCAGAGCCUUGAAGACUGCCCAGAACGCCAGAGCCUUGAAAAUCAAGCUGACUAACAAACACUUUCCCUGUCUUACUGUGUCUGUAGAACUGCAGUUGUCCUCAUCAAGCAGUAGUAGAAUUGUGACACAUGAUAUUCCCAUAAAGGUCAUUCCUAGAAGAUUGUGGAAGGACUUACAAGAACCAUCUGUCCCAGACUCUGACGUAAGUAUUUAUUUACCAGCCCUGAAGACUAUGAAGAGUGUUGUAGAAAAAAUGAAAAACAUCAGUAAUCACCUGGUUAUUGAAGCAAAUCUAAAUGGAGAACUGAACCUAAAGAUAGAAACUGAAUUGGUAUGUGUGACAACUCAUUUUAAGGAUCUUGGAAACCCCCUAUUAUCCUCUGAGAGUGCCUCUCAAAGCAGACACCCAGAAGACAUGGCUGAGGUGCACAUUGACAUAAAGAAACUCCUCCAGUUCCUUGCAGGACAACAAGUGACUCCCACCAAGGCUGUGUGCAAUAUUGUGAGUAACAGAAUUGUUCAUUUUGAUUUGCUUCUGGAAGACAUCUCCCUUCAGUAUUUCAUCCCAGCCUUGUCCUAGCACCAUGUCAGCAAGCUUGGCAGCAGAGACCUUUGUUGUGAUGAGAGAAGCACUGGAUGGUGUGGUCAGUCACCUGUCUGUCCUUACAGCACCAUAGACUUGUACUGGGCUAUGCUGCUUGAAGCAGAGAUGGAAUUAAUGAAGCACAGUUGGAUAAUCAUUCUUUCGUAUUACUCAAGACCAGCACCUGUCCCUCCUCCCCUUGGUCUAAGACAUUAAGAAGAAAAGAUAGAAUUUGUUUUUAUAGGGUCUUUUGUUGUUUUGUUUUCCUCUGGUGCUUGAGAUGAGAGCAGGACCUUAUGUGUGCUAAGCACCUGCUCUGCACUGAGUUGCUACCCAGCCAUAUCUAGUAUGUGACUAGCAGAUUGUCACUAAAGUUGCAAAAGUCAUCAUAUGUAUAGAAUUGGUGUUGCAGUCAGAAUUCACAUGUGUACUACCUAGCUAGUUUCCCGCUCAGUCCCCGGUACAGCGCAGCUGUCUGCUUUCAAGGUUUAGCAUGCUCAUCCCCCCCCCCCAAGUCUGGGUGCUCAAGACAUACUGGACAGUCCCUCUGUCCCUGGCCAUGUGCCUGGUUUCUCGCAACACUGAGUAUACAGCUGCAACAUGUAAAGCCUUGCCCAACUUACUGAAGAUUCAAGUUCACUUCCUUCUCACUGCCUGCAGAUUCUCACAGCUGGGGAACCUGCAGAGCCAGAGACCUGAAGGCCAGCCCAGACAACCCACUUCCCAUCUUGAACUUGUCCUUCUGUGUACUUUCUGCCUGAGCCAACUUUGGUUUUAGGUUAUAACCUAUUUUCCUCUUUCAUAGUACUCAAGAUCAAACCCAGGACUGGGUGCGUGCUAGGUAAGCACUCAAUGCCAAACUAUAUACCCAGUCAUUUAAAAUAUAAUUAUUUUGUGUGGUUCUCUAAAGCACAUGGUGUUUUGCAUAAAGUAGUUGAAGCUUGGGCAUCAUGGAUGAGGCUGUGUUCUGCUCCUGUAUUGGGGCUGGCUCAUCCUGGAGGGUGUGCUUUCUCCAAAAACAUCUCAGCAGGCUUCCUCUUUUAACUAGGUGUCAGGUAACCCAUGAAGUGGUAUCAGAACUGUUUUCAUGUUACAGAAUUAAGACCUAAAUUGCCUAGGGUAAGAUUUGAAGGGGGGGAGGAACAAAAUAGAGCAUUUUUUUUUUUGGCUUUUUCAUAUUUAGGGAAUUUACUAUUUCUCAAGUGCUGCUAGGAUUAUUUGUUUCAGUUUCUAUUAGACAGGUUCCCAUGUAGUUCAAGCUGUAGCCAAGAUUAGCCUUGAACUCCUGAGCCUCCUACUCCCAAGUGUUGAAAUGACAGAUGUGAGCUGCCACAACUCUGGCUCUGAUAUUUAAUAAGAUAUAUUUAAUUAAACUAACAUGUCAAAAUUAGGGAUUCUUUAAUUGUUUAAGCAUUUCUCUCUUCUUUGGCUUGUAAUGAAAGGCAGUCCAGGUGCCAUGAUAAAGCCUCAAAAUCAUGAUGCAAAUGAAAUUUCAGGAAGUUCCCUAUGAAGUUCGUGUUUUUUGUUUUUUUUGGGUUUUUGUUGUUGUUGUUGUUGUUGUUGUUGUUGUUGUCAAACUGUCAGUGCCUCACUAGUGACUAAUGUCACUGCCAUGUUGCAUACUGAUGGCCAUGACUUUGCUUAGUAACAACAUGGGGAAGAAGAAUCCUUCAUGGCAGUCAAGAGGUUGUGGUCUUUCUGGUUCUUGUCACAACUCUUUGCAUGGUGUUCACAGCUUGUAUCUCACAGAGCUGUAGUCAAGGGAGGGGGCUCUGGGAGUGGGGUCUUGAGAACUUGGAGCUACUUUGUGGAACCCCAUCCUGAGGUGAAACUGGGUGAGAGCAAGAAGCUUAGCCGUGUGUAGAAGGAGCGUGAGCUCUGAGGGUUGGAGACUCGUUUUCACUUACCCUGAUGGCCUGGGACUUGAAGCUUGAAGAGUACUUUCCUGAAUGUUAGAACCACUAAGUUACCCUGACCUUACCUGCCAGGGCUCAGAACCCACAUGGUAGCCAUGUCUUGAACUGAGAUUUAAGACUGUCCUAAGACAGUCAGGGAUACAGAAGAAUUCUUAAUGCAGCCACUCGUGCCAAUGUCCAAGCGGCCUUGUUAUCCUGUGACCCUCCCCUGGUCCAUCAGAGACCUUCCUACCCAUCAGGUCUCCAGUGGUCCUUCCCUGUAUCCUGCCACAAAGAAACAUGUUCUUGGAAACCUGAAAAGCACUUCUACAUUAGUCUUGAGGCAGGAAUACUGGUUCUUUCACCAGAUGCAGUGGCCGAUAACAUCUUGGUAAAUGUCAUCCAGUUGGCGGAGUAUCCAUUGUGAUGAAUAAAAUUCUGUGCUUUUUUAUUUUAAAGCCUUUAUUGGGAUAUCAAAGUGCACAGCCUAGAGGUUCCUUUUUGAUGGUUCAGUAAUGCCGUUGUUCCCCACCUUUCAUUCUGUGCUUUCUCUCCUGGAAAACCUUGCUUGUUCUGGACAGUUUUCUAACCUCCUCCCAGGCCUCUGGUAACCACCAUCUUUACUAUUGCUGUAAGGGCCCAAUAGGAGGUUCUUGACCCUCAUAGUUCUAGAUCAGCAUCUGUAUAUUGAAUACAUAUUUACCUCUACCUUCAUAACAUGGCUUUGUCCAUGACCUUGCUUUGACAAAGUGUGGCUCCUAGCAUUCUUCACAUUUCCAUUGCAGUGAGUCUGGUCAUGUUUCUUCAUCCUAAUGGCCCUGAGUAGGCUAUCUCUGUUCACACUGUCCCCAAGAGACCAGAUGCAGAAGAGACCAGACCCAAGUAGGUCUCCUACAAAGUCUCAGAAGGUGGGAGAAUCCAAAUGCCCAGCUCCACUGUAGAAUCAAAUAUAGGGGAUUUCUCCAUGUGUGACCCAGUGAGGUUGGAAAAGGAGCCUCAUAGUCUCUGACGUACAUUUCGCUCAUGGUUUUGCAUUUCUCUGUGGCUCAAUGGGUACCACAGCUUCACUCUAGAGUUUGGAGAAUUCAGGGUGGUCAUCUCUCUACUGGAAAGUUAUUAGUUGGAAUUUUGUAGGGACAUGGAGAAGGCAUAGAUUUCUACCACCAUUUUGCUAAUGCUCCACUCCAAUUCUGUGCCUUUAUGUGGAUUCUGGUGGAAAAUCUAAAAGGGAGCUUGAGUUUGUGGAUUUUUCUCUAAGAACAAUGUUCAACUAGGAGGUGAUAAAUUAGGGUCACUUGGACAUUGGGGGGGGGUAUGUUAGUACCACUUCCUGGGGUGCCAUUUGCCUUUUACUCUCUGUGGGAAAGCUUGAAACUGCUCCCUUUGAUUUAAUACUUAGCUCAUAAGACUUGUUAUACAAGCUAUGGUCAAAGCUGAGUACUGCUAUAAAUUAAGGAUUUGUUAAUGUGAAUGACUAGGGAAUUGGUAGAUGAUCUAUGCUGUGAUGUCAUUUCCUAAUGCUACAGGACAAAGUACUAUGUAUGGUAACAAACCCAAUGCGAUGUUGGUGUUCAUUUUGGCAAAGAAGACCAUGAAACAUGUGUCUAAACCCA